AUGGACUGCUGCACGGAGAGCGCCUGCUCCAAGCCGGACGAGGACAUCCUGGACAUCCCCCUGGAUGACCCCGGCGCCAACGCCGCCGCCGCCAAAAUCCAGGCGAGCUUCCGGGGCCACAUGGCGAGAAAGAAGAUCAAGAGCCGGGAGAGCGGCCGGAAGGGCCCGGGCCCCGGGGGGCCAGGCGGAGCCGGGGGCGCGCGGGGAGGCGCGGGCGGCGGCCCCAGCGGAGACUAG